AUGCAGAUGAAAACACAGUUUUUCAUUUUCUUCUGUUACAUUGUCAUUUUUUCUUUCUCUUGCAGUUUUUCUGCUGCUUCGAAUAAUGAAGUAUCGGCUUUACUUUCGAUAAAAUCGGGUCUUAUUGAUCCUUUAAGCACUCUUCAGGAUUGGAAGUUGGAUUCACCUCAUUGUAACUGGACUGGAAUCAAAUGCAACUCGGCCGGAACCGUGGAGAAUCUCGAUCUCUCUCGCAAGAAUCUCAGUGGUAUAGUAUCCAACGAUAUACAAAGGCUUCAAUCUCUUACUUGUCUUAACUUAUGUUGCAAUGCAUUUUCAUCAAAGUUACCGAAAUCUAUAUCCAAUCUCACCACAUUGAGCAUUCUUGAUGUAAGUCAGAAUUUCUUCAUUGGUGAGUUUCCGGCAGGACUUGGAAAGGCGUCGAGGUUAACAGCGUUAAAUGGUUCCAGCAAUGAAUUCUCAGGUUCAAUUCCUUUGGACAUUGGAAAUGCAACUUUGUUAGAAAUGCUUGAUCUUCGAGGCAGUUUCUUCGAAGGCUCAAUUCCGAAAUCAUUCGGUAACUUGCAUAAGUUGAAGUUUCUUGGUUUAUCUGGGAAUAAUCUUACUGGGAAAAUUCCUGGUGAGCUUGGAAAGCUUUCAUCAUUGGAGUAUAUGAUUCUUGGAUAUAACGAAUUCGAAGGCGAGAUUCCAUUAGAAUUUGGAAAUCUCACUAGUCUUGAGUAUCUUGAUUUAGCAGUUUCCAAUCUCGGUGGUGAGAUUCCAUAUGAAUUGGGAAAUCUCAAGCUAUUGGACACACUUUUCUUAUACAACAACAAUUUUGAAGGAAGAAUUCCAUCACAAAUUGGUAACAUGACUUCAUUGCAGUUUUUCGAUCUUUCUGAUAACAUUUUGUCAGGAAAAAUUCCAGAUGAAAUCAGUCUGCUGAAGAAUUUGAAGCUUCUGAACUUCAUGGGAAACCAGUUAUCUGGUUUUGUUCCUUCUGGCAUUGGGAAUUUGCCUCAAUUGGAGGUUCUUGAGCUAUGGAACAAUUCAUUAUCAGGUCCAUUGCCUAGUAAUCUCGGCAAGAAUUCACCGUUGCAAUGGUUGGAUGUAUCGUCCAAUUCACUAUCCGGAGAGAUUCCAGAAACUCUUUGCAGCAAAGCAAAUCUCACCAAGCUAAUACUUUUCAACAAUGCUUUCUCCGGUUCAAUUCCAUCGAGCCUAUCAAAAUGUUCUUCGCUUGUUCGUGUUCGAGUUCAAAACAAUUUUCUGUCUGGAUCAGUUCCGGUUGGUCUUGGCAAGCUUGAGAGGCUUCAAAGGUUAGAAUUAGCUAACAAUAGUCUCACUGGUGAAAUUCCAGAUGAUAUUCCUUCUUCAACAUCUCUUUCUUUCAUUGAUCUCUCAAGAAACAAACUCCAUUCUUCUCUACCUUCCACUAUUCUCUCCAUUCCAAAUCUUCAAGUAUUUAUGGUCUCCCACAACAACUUUGAAGGUAAAAUACCAAACCAAUUUCAGGACUCUCCUUCACUUACUGUUCUUGAUCUCUCGUCGAAUCAUUUAUCCGGAGCCAUUCCAGAAAGCAUAGGUUCAUGUCAAAAACUAGUAAAUUUGAACCUGCAAAACAACCUUUUGAUUGGUGAAAUCCCAAAAGCACUAGCUAACAUGCCUACAAUGGCAAUGCUUGAUCUUUCCAACAACUCGUUGGCCGGUCAUAUACCUGAGAACUUUGGUUUAUCACCAGCUUUGGAAGCAUUUAAUGUUUCAUACAACAAGCUUGAAGGUUCUGUGCCAGAAAAUGGUAUGCUAAGAACUAUAAACCCGAACAAUCUCGUCGGUAAUGCCGGCCUAUGUGGUGGAAUCCUCCCUUCAUGUAACCAAAACUCGGCAUACUCCUCAAGGUAUGGAAGUUCACAUGCAAAGCAUAUUAUCACAGGAUGGAUCAUUGGAAUAUCAUCAAUUCUAGCCAUUGGAAUUACAAUCUUGUUAGCAAGAUCUUUAUAUGUAAGGUGGUACACUGGUGGAUUUUGCUUCAAAGAAAGAUUUUAUAAAGGUAGCAAAGGGUGGCCAUGGAGAUUAAUAGCAUUUCAGAGACUUGGGUUUACAAGUACCGACAUUCUAGCUUGCAUCAAGGAAACAAAUGUGAUCGGAAUGGGAGCUACCGGCGUUGUUUACAAAGCUGAGGUACCGCAAUCCGAUACAAUCGUAGCAGUGAAAAAGUUGUGGAGAUCAGGAAAUGAUGUUGAAGUAGGAAGAGGCAGUGAUGAGCUUGUUGGUGAGGUGAACCUCUUAGGGAGACUAAGACACAGGAACAUUGUUAGACUUUUAGGAUUUCUUCACAAUGACACUGAUUUGAUGAUAGUUUAUGAAUUUAUGCAUAAUGGAAACCUGGGAGAUGCCUUGCAUGGUAAGCAAGCUGUUAGGUUGCUUGUUGAUUGGGUUUCAAGAUAUAACAUAGCUCUAGGAGUUGCUCAAGGACUUGCUUAUCUUCAUCACGACUGUUAUCCGCCGGUUAUCCAUCGUGACAUUAAGUCAAAUAAUAUACUGCUUGAUGCAAAUCUUGAAGCAAGGAUAGCAGAUUUUGGGUUAGCCAAGAUGAUGAUCCGGAAGAACGAAACCAUCUCCAUGGUUGCUGGAUCCUAUGGCUACAUUGCUCCUGAAUAUGGAUAUGCAUUAAAGGUGGAUGAAAAGAUUGAUGUAUACAGCUAUGGAGUAGUUUUGUUGGAGCUUGUGACAGGAAAGAGGCCAUUAGAUGCGGAAUUCGGAGAGAGCGUAGACAUUGUAGAGUGGAUUAGAAGGAAGAUCAGAGACAAGAAACCUCUAGAAGAAGCAUUAGAUCCAAGUGUAGGAAACUGCAGGCAUGUUAUAGAAGAAAUGCUUUUAGUCUUAAGAAUAGCAGUUGUUUGCACUGCUAAGCUUCCUAAAGACAGACCAAGCAUGAGGGAUGUGAUAAUGAUGCUUGGAGAAGCAAAGCCUAGAAGAAAGAUUAGUGGAAACAAUGAAACAUCUUUAGCAGAUAACAACAAUAACAAGGAGAUGUCAGUUUUUAGUACAUCACCAGUUAGUGGUCUUCUCUAG